AAAAAUGGGUGUUGAGAAAAUGGUGUGUUUGGCUUCUCGCACGGGUCGUCAGUUUCAGAGAUACAACAAAGGUCGUCGUCAAGUCGUUGGAUGUGUUCCGUAUAGAUUCAAGCUAUCUAACGAUGGUAAAAUAAGUGACGAAGUAGAAGUUCUUGUCAUCUCUUCGCAAAAAGGUCACGCCUUGAUGUUCCCUAAGGGUGGUUGGGAGCUUGAUGAAUCUGUAGAAGAAGCUGCUUCAAGAGAAUGUCGUGAAGAAGCUGGAGUUCUUGGUAACAUUGAGCAUCAACUCGGAAAAUGGGAUUUUUUAAGCAAAAGCAGAGGAACAUACUAUGAAGGGCUAAUGUUCCCUAUGCUUGUUACAGAACAACUUGAGCUUUGGCCUGAACAACAUCUUAGGCAAAGAAUCUGGAUGAAUGUAACCGAAGCAAGAGAAGCUUGUAGAGAUUGGUGGAUGAAAGAAGCAUUAGAUGUUUUGGUUGAGAGACUCUCAUCACCAAUGAAUCAACCAAAGGAAGAGAAGACUAUCUCUAUCUCUAUUGAGACAAUGUGCUGAUGAAGUCAUCCAUGAUUGCUAAAAUUGCUGAUUUGUGAUGGGGAGUUUUAUAAAACUAAUGGAUCCUCUGUAGGUAUAAAAUAGAUGAGUUUCAACUAGUUAUUGAGACAGCUAAAAAUCGAUUCGAAAAUCAGAUACAGAGCAGGAAAAAAAAGAGAUGGUAGAGUUUUUUCUAGGUUAUGGUCCUCUGGAGCAACUUUUAACAUCAUUGUGAUUUAAGAAGUCUUGUGUGUUUGUGUUUAUAAUGUUUCUGCAAGAACUUCUUAAGGGUUUGAUUAAGUUAAGUAAGAGGGAAGAAGAAGAUAAUAUAAACUUAGAGUGCAAGCAAAAAACUGUACAAUUGUGUUUCCCUCUUGUUUAUGUUUCCUCUAUCUCUCUCCCUUUCUUGAAUUGGCAAUGGAGACAUUUUGGUUUCAACUUUCA